AUGAGAGUGAGCUUAAUCAAAGAUCUAGGUAUAACUUUUGAUGCUCAGCUUAUGUUUGACCAACACAUAGAUAAUAUUGUCAAACGAGCCUCCAGGGCUUUGGGCUUUAUCGUGCGGCUAUCGGCAGAUUUUAAAAAUAUAAAAACAAUGAAAAUUCUGUACUGUGCGUUUGUCCGCAAUCACCUCGAAUUCUCUUCACAGGUGUGGAAUCCUCACUACAAUGUUUACAUAGAGCAAUUAGAAGGUAUUCAGAGGAAAUUUGUAAGGUAUAUUCAAUAUCGUUCCAAAUUAUACUUGAAAAAUUAUACUGCCCGGUGCAGAAAAUUUCAUUUGGUACCGUUGCACCUGCGUAGACGUGUGGCUGAUCAAGCUUUGCUCUUUGGUAUUGCUAAUGGCUCAGUCGAUUGUCCGGAGCUGUUGGGUAAAAUUGGAUUAUGCGUAAACCACUCCUUUUUAAGAAGACCGCGACUUCUCCAUGUUCCCAAAUUGGAACGGCAAAUAAGCAACCAAGAGAGCGUAGUCUCCUCAGAAGAAACCUACUCGCCCGCGCCCCAGUUCGACAGAUUGCCGAAGAGUGACGCCCUGGUUAAGAGGGCGGAGAGUAUGAGUGUGGCGACAAAAACUCCAAAGAGAACACCAUCAUUCACGACUCGUCGCAGAACGCAGAGCUUCCGAAGACAUAGGCAGCCAGAUGAACUACCACCAGUUGAGAUUGAAGGCUACUUGGAACGUAAGCAAGAAGCGGGUGUGGGUGGAAAGCGCGCAACAGUCCGCUCGUGGCGGUCAUACUACGGCGUUCUGUGCGGUCAGCUCCUCUGCUUCUUCAGGGACCAGAGUGACUUCGCCAGCAGUAAGGCAGCAGCACCACCCGUCGCUAUACUUAAUGCGCGGUGUGAACCAGCCAACGACUACACAAAACGGGCACACGUCUUCCGCUUAUCCUGCACUGAUGGUGCUGAGUACCUCUUCGCGUGUGCCAAGCACGAGCUGAUGCUGGAGUGGGUCGCCAAGAUCUCCUUCCACGCGGCCCUACCACCUCAACUUCAACUAACGCCCUACGAUUCCAGUACUUCGCCAGCCGACGAUGUCAGAAAACGGUUAAGAAACGCAUCUUCAUCAUCAUCUGCCACUUCAUCACCGGAGGCCCAACGCAAAGUUCGAACCCAAAGUGAAAUAUUGAAGGAGCACCGCGCAGCGACUACGCCAGAAAGAAAUAUUGAGUCGUCAGUGUUGCCAUCGCUACCACCACGACAGCCACCGAACCAAGAAGACAACGCUGAUGUCAUACUAAGAAAUUCGGAACACGCGAGCGGUUCCUGGGGACGGUCCCGUUUCUCCAACGGACGAGACAUCAACGCGGAGUUUCUUCGUACACAACGAGAGGCAUCAGCACGAGGACCACACACCACCGUCACGGAGCGUCCACCAGCGAUACCAGAACGAGCCCCAAUGAUACCCGAAAGGGGCCCAGCUGUGCCCGAAAGGGGGCCUAACAUACCUGACAGAUUAACCACGAAAACUAGACCGAGUGCAGAACGGAACUCCGGUAGGGGUUCAGUUAUGUCAGAUCGGGGAUCAGUCAUGUCAGAUCGGGCGUCAGUUAUGUCAGAUCGGGCGUCAGUCAUGUCAGAUCGGGCGUCAGUCAUGUCAGAUCGGGCGUCAAGCGAUAGAGAAUUCGACAAAAACUCCAACAACAGCGGGAGAAACUCAGUAUCUGAACGGAGUCCGAUCGAGAGAGACAGAAACUCUAACGAGAGAUAUGAACAGACAUACAGAUACACAGAGAGGACUGAAAAAAGUGGGGGCCCAAAUGUGCCCCAAGGGGAGAAGUCGGUGACGGCAAUGGUUAACAGUUACCAGCAGAAGGUUAACAAUAAGAAUGCUGGUUGGAAUAACAACUGGCAGGGGGUGGAAACUACUUCGCAUUUCUACUCGGCGAGCGAGCUCGCCUAUGGAGGUAACAGCGCUGGCAACACUCGACCGGCGUCUGUGGCUGGUAGCGGGGGUUCCCCCGCGUUGGAUCAGCGACCCGCCUCUAGGUCAUCUGGAGAAUCUGAGUUGUCAGUCGGUGGCACGAAAGAGAAGAAAGAUAAGAAGGGCGUGUUCGGCGGUCUUUUCAGCAGAAAGAAGAGACCACAGAGUCACAUGUAA